AUGUCGACAUCAAACCCUUCUGCUAAACUAACGUCAUCCUCUCUCAAUGAUCUUCAAUCCCGAUUGGCAAAACUUCAACAAAACAUUUCGCAGAAAUUAAGUAAAACAAGUGCUGCAGCCCUCUCUACAACUUCCUCUUCGCUAGAUCAUGGGGUCCCACAACAACCGACGACUUCUGUUGCUUCCUCCACUUCAUCAAGCCAAACAAAAAUCCAAAAGCCUCCAUCCUCGGGAGAAAGCGUAAAAUCUACUCCAUCAGUAUUGCCAAAAAUUCAAAAGUCUCAUGUGAUGCAAAGUGGAGGGUUGAGUGCCACUGCCCAACAUGUAGCUGCUCAAGUUGUAAAGCAGGCAUCAAGUGGAAGUUCACAACAAGGAAUGCCAUCACCUCCGAAAAUUGGACAAACAAAAUUGUCCAAAGUUAUCAACAAACCUGCGACAGCGAGCUCCACGGUGAUAACAGCAAGCCCGCAAACAAAUGUUAAUAGUACAACGUCAAGUGAGCCUACUUUGGAACAACAAAUUUACUUACAAGAUUAUCAGAAACAAAAGCAAACGUCACAAUUACAACAAGAAUAUCAACAGCAACUAAAAGAAUACGAACAAUCUCAAUUACAACAAAACGAACAAGCAAACAAGAAAAAGAAGAAGAAAUUACGAACUGUUUAUACUGCUAGCGGAAAAGCUGAUGUUUGGGAAGAUCCUAAUUUAGAACAGUAUGAGGAAAAUGACUUCAGAAUUUAUGCUAACAAUUUGGGCAAUGAAGUGACAGAUCAAAUGUUAGAAAAAUUCUUUUCUCAUUAUCCAAGCUUUUCAAAAGCGACUGUAAUAAGGGAUAAAAGAACAAACCGAACCAAGGGUUAUGGAUUUAUCAGCUUUUUAGAUUGUAACGAUUAUGUGCAUGCUUUAGAAAAUAUGAACGGAAAAUAUUUAGGGAACAGACCAUUAGUUUUGAAGCCAUCUAAAUGGAAAGAUAGAAACCUAAAAUAA